GCCUGCGCCCCGCGCCGUGGUGGCCCUGGAGCCAGAGCCCAAACUGGCUGCCUGUGUACACCUGGCCAGCACCGAUGCCAAGCUGAGCGCAAAGCUGAGCCGACGGCUGGACAUCAACAAGGGCGCGGCAUGGCCCCGCCACUGCAAGGUCUUCAACCCCGACACCGAGUUCCCAGAGUUCAGCCACCGCCUCAUCAAGGACCUGGAGAACAUGUUCAAACUGUACGAUGCUGGACGGGACAGCUUCAUCGACCUGAUGGAACUGAAGCUGAUGAUGGAGAAGCUGGAGGCUCCCCAGACCCACCUGGGCCUGAAGAGCAUGAUCAAGGAGGUGGACGAGGACUUUGAUGGCAAACUCAGCUUCCGUGAGUUCUUGCUCAUAUUCCACAAGGCCGCAGCAGGGGAGCUCCAGGAGGAUAGCGGGCUGAUGGCGCUGGCGAAGCUCUCUGAAAUCAAUGUUGCCCUGGAGGGCGUCAAAGGUGCCAAGGAAGUCUUUGAAGCCAAGGUCCAAGCCUUGUCCUCUGCCAGUAAGUUUGAAGCUGAGCUAAAAGCCAAACAAGAUGAGAGGAAGCAGGAGGAAGAGAAGAGGAGGCUCCGCCAGGCGGCCUUCUGA